AUGGAACAAAUACCCAUUACAUCGAGCGGUGGAAACGCCACGGCUACACCGUCGUCAGCCGGCCCCUCGUUCACGCCCCCGACACCCGUCCAGUCCUCGGAUAUAAAUUGCAUUGACAAAAGAUUGCAAGCUGUCUUUGAGUCUGAAUCCCAGGACGAGGAGUACGACGAACCCGACCAAAUGUACUUGUCUGGGUCGUCCGGUUCCGAGGAAGAAAUAUCAGAAGUACGCAUUUAAAAAUUUAAUACAAAAUAGAUACCUACUUAUCAAUCUUUUAUACGUAGGCCAACGUACGAGAAAAACAAAACUUAUUUAUUGCACGAUUUAUUUUAAUUGUAUUUAUUUUGAUUGUCACUUGUUCGGAGUGUUGUGUGUAAUUUAGUUUACCGUGACCUGACGUCAUUGUGACCUUUUGAGGGUUUCAGGAAAAUUCUACCCCUCCAACAUUCCAUAGUAGUGAGGGGGCACCCUUUGUCCCAACUGGUUUCCGCCCAGUCUGGACUGGGCGAGGGGAGACGUAUGCAUGACAACCUAACCUAAAAAAUAAAUAAAAUAAAGAGUAAUUUCAAAAAUAUUUUCUCGUCAAUUAAAAUAUGCGGUGAGAGGAGACUAUUCUAUUCACUCAUGUACUACGGAAUUAUUACUACACAUGCCUUUAGUUUGUUGGUUUUCUUCUAUCUCCUGUUGAUAACAAUGGCGCUGUACGUAUAUAAUAUGUAUGUAUGUGUGUUUGUGUGUGUGUAAUAUGUGUGUGUCUGUGCGUUUUUUUUUUUGUUUUCCUCCAGUCCGGGGUCAAUCGCAUUGAGAUUUUCUAAUGUACACGGCACAUACCGCUUCCACUCCCGCGCCGUAUUGUACUUUGUGUACGUACGUCACCACGUUUAUUCUGUGUGGCAAAAUAUCGCACCAGUAACAUGUUUGUUAAUAUAACCCUGUUAAUUAGUCGAAUAAUAUAGCAAUGUCGUCAUAUUAUUUUGUGUUAUUGAUAUGUGUUUAGCUCAUACGUUUUCAAGCGUUCCUAUAAAAGCAUAACAUAGGUAAAUAUAUAUUAUUAUUUUAAUUUAUUAUUUAGGUAUUUAUACCUAUUUAUUCGAUAAAUUAUAGAAGAUAACAUUAAAUAUUGGUUAGAAUAUUAAAUCAUAUUAAAUCAAGUAAAUUUUUAUCUGGAUUCGUACUACACAAGGGAUGCAACAAAAAUUAAUUUUUUUUUGCUUAUAAGUUUUUUAUAUUUUAAUUUUUGUAGUUUCCCAGUAUUAAAGUAUACAUUUUUAAUCCUUUUUCAUAUCUUGCAAACAUGUAUAUUUAGUCAAAUAGGUAUCUACUUUUGUAUUAUAUUUAUUACUAAACUAAAAUUAAAUUAACUUAUAGUAGAUAAUAUGCUGUAUACUUGCAUAUGUUACAUGUAAUUUAAUUAAUUAAUAAAUACAUAAUUUAUUUGUUAUAAUAUUGUGAAUUAUGCAAGUAGGUAUUUUUAUUUAUUCUUGUACAUUUAUUUACAUUUACAUUUACAUUUACAUUUAUUUAUUUACAUUUAUUCUUUUACAUUGGGUAAAAUUAUUUUCUUAGAAAUUAGUUAAAUUUUAAUCCAAAUUAUUAUUAUAAAUUAAAUACAUAUAAAGUAACUACCUGUGAAUCUAUCAUUUCAUAUUCAUUCUUAGUGAUAAUUGUGUUCAUUAAAAGAAGUUUUGAUGUUAAUGUGAACAAAUAAAUACAAAUGUAGUAAUUAAUAAUAACAAAUUAAUUAGGUAGUUAUUUAAUUUAAAUUUGUAAUUUACCUAUUAUGUUGUAACAGUAUUUUGUUUUGUCUUUUCUAACUGUUUCAGAAUAAUUCUAAAGUUUUUAUAGUGGCCAAUUUUAUACACAAUAUUAGUGUUAGUUUUUUGUUUCAUUAGGUUUAACCUCUGGAAAUAAAAUACAUUUUUGAUCUUAAUAAAAGUUUAAUUUCUGAUACUCUACCUGUUAUAAGAGGCGAUAAAUAGAAUUGUAUCAGGUUGACUAGUGGUGAUAAUAAAAAGGUUGUUAAAUAGUUUGAGGAUUCCUAAACAAGUAAAUUUGAGUGAAUUUUUCUAUUUUUAAUGUAUACAAGAACAUAAAAAAAAAAAGAAGAGAAUGUGUAACAUAGAAUUAAGCAGAGGGUAAAUCACUAACUUAAAUCAAUGUACAAAUGUGUAUCAUGAAAAUCUUAAGUAAUCUUGCAGUAAAUUUUAUAGAAAAUCUCCGUAAUCAUUAGUAAAAUCAUGGUAUUCUGAAACUGGUGUACACAAUAUUAGCCUGUAAUUUACCCUCAGGGAUUAAGUGUGGUGUUCGGAAAAAAUGUCUGUUUUUUUUUGUAGAAUGAAUGGAGAGACAAGAGAAGAUAAAAUAAACAAUGAGUACAUAAGAUGUAAUGUAGGCGUGGCUUCGAUAUUGAAAAAAUGAGAGAAAUAGAUUUAGAUAGUCUGGUCUUGUUAUUAUGAGAGAGGUAAGAUACACAAAUACUAAGAUUAGUAAUGAAAAUAAAUAUAGGACGAAAAAGAAAAAAAAGGAAAACCUAUUGUUGGUAUUUUAAGAGGUGGUUGAAUGUGAUUAAGAAUGAUAUGUUCUAUGUACAAUCUCAAAGAAAGCCAGUGUAUGCAAGAUGGGAAAUUGGGCCAAACGGAAGUUUAAGACAAGGGUGGCUGACUCCAAAAAAUUGUGAUAAAGGUAAAGGGGAAGAUCUAAAUAAAAUUGGUUUGGUACUAUUUAUAAUUUUGGUUUUUCUAAAUAAUGAGUAGUUAAAACUGUUCAUAAUAUAAUAUUGAUUAUUUAUUUUACUUAAUUAAGCAAUAUUUUUUUUUAUAAAUUUCACAAUUUACAAAAACUUUAACUAGAAGAAGUAUCAAGCUAUUUAUUUAAAAACUUAAUUCUAAUUGAUUUAAUAUACACUUUUGUAUUCACUUUAUAUGUAUUUUCACAUUUAUCACUAUGUAUUUAGCUAUUUAUAAUAUUAUUAAAUGAUGUUACCUGAGUUAUGCAAUAAAACAGUCCUCCAGCUCAAAGUUCCUACAACAAAUAUCUAUAAUAUUUUAAACAUUUUUAUUAAAUAAUAGGAAUUAAUAACUAAACAGUGAAAAUGUAUACUUCAGAGUUCAGUUGUAAAGAAUACUGUAAAAGACUACAAGAUUAAAGAUUACUAAAAGAUAUUUUUAUAUACCUAUUUAAAGAUAACAAUAUAUUUUUUUUUUGUUAAAUAAUUUAAUUAAAAUACUGUGUAUCUAUCAUUCUCUUUUGAAUCUUAAAUUCUAUCAUUAUAUCAAUCUUCAUUUAAAUACUUCUAAUAUUAUAAACAAUAAUAAUACUAAUAAAUGAAUUACCCUUUCUGCUUUUUUUUAUAUAAAUCAUAAGUUCUUAAUUAAAUAUUUUGUUUACAAUAGAAGUUAAAAUAAUAGACACUUAAAUAUAUGUUUAUACUUCUCACUUAAUGAAAUUUCUACUUAAAAGAGAUUGGUUGCCUUUUUAAGAAAAAUAAUCAUUUUUAUAAAAAGUUUUAAAAUCAUGACUCACCUGCAUUUGCAAAUUAGUAGAAUAGAAAAACCAUUCCGUAAUACACAAAUCAUCAAUCAUGAACCAAUAAACUUUUUUCUGUUUAUUUGGCAGCUGAUUGUUUCAAUAUUACUGGAAACAUUUAUUUAGAGCUGCAGAUUUCAUGCUACAGGUUGUGUUAUUGACCUCUGAUUUAUAGAUUAUAAUCAUUUGGUGUUUAACAUAUAUGUAUGAUUAAACUUUUGUAAACAUUUUUUGCUCAUAUCUAACUGAAAGGUAGGUUAUUAUUUUGGGAAAUUUAUAUUAUUUUAGGAAUCUAAACAUUUAGAAUGUACAGUAUAUCUUGUACUUUUCCUGGUUUUUAAAUCAAAAUUGUGUAGUUGUAGGUACUAUACUUUUUUUAAAACUCUUGAUUGAUAUUUCAGGUAGGAUCAUUUGGUUUAGAACAAGACGACCUUUGUGAUCCUAAUUCCCGAUUGAAUUCAACUUUCCUAAUAGCCGAUGAUACUGAUACUGAACAAAGUAUCGAAGGUGACCCUGACACCAAUCGUCAAUUAGAAGCACUUCUCCAAGCAGCAGGAUCUAUGCUUAGGCCAAGUAGUAAGUAGUGUUGAAAUAAAAAUAAUAUUAUAAGCCUCCUAAAAAAAAAAAAAACCAAAAGAAAAAAGAAAAAAGAAAAAAAAAUCAAUGAAUUAUUUUUUCAUUGAAAUACUAGGUGGAACCGUAUGCGGUUUAGGUCUGAAUAAACUCGGGUUGCCAGUUGAGUCCACCACUGACCCUGAAGUGCUGCGAAAACUAACCAAUAGUGUUUCUUGUGCUUUAGACGAAGCUGCAGCUGCACUAACACGGAUGAGAGCAGAACCCAAAAAUGAUAACAAGUAUGUCGGCAUUAAGCUCAUCAUUGUACAAGACAAAAAAUUAUCAAAUCCAAUUUCAGGACCCUAGUCGAAGCAUGCCAUGAUGGUGAUGUAAAUGUUGUUCGUAAAUUGUUAGGAGAAGGCCGAUCAGUUCAUGAAACAUCUGAAGAAGGGGAAAGUUUGUUAUCACUUGCCUGCUCAGCAGGUUAUUAUGAAUUAGCUCAGGUUAGUGUUAUAGUCAUUUUUAUUGUUAUUUUAUUAUGAUUUUGAGUGUGUAUCAAAGAAGCUGUUAGUUUACUAAGAUAUGUAUUUUUUCUUCAGAAAAUACUUUUAGUUUGUUUAUGCCAUACAUUAAAAUAUGCAGAUAUCAUCAAAUGGUACUUUUUUGGAAACAUUUAUCUAGAUUCCAGUUGUUUAUCUAAAAAUUUAAAAACUUAGAACAAAUAAUAGUAUACCAGUUUAACUUUUUGAUCUCUGGGUUACUUUAAUUCAAUGAUAAAAACACAAAUUCUAAUAGUAUAAUCUUUUCAGUUUGCCAAGCUCCACUCAGAAUUGUUUUUUUGAUUGCAAUGAUUUAUUAUUGUUAUCAAUAUAUAAACAAAAUUGUCUUAUAUCCUAUACUUUCCUAACUUUCCACCUACAACAGUGGCCUACCCAUAGUGCGAAGUAUGUUUGGAUUUUAUAUUUUAAUUACAAUUUAAAAAAUGUAUUAAUAAUUAAUGGCGUAGUAUAAUUGAAUUAUUAAUUAUUUUACUUAAAAAAUGUUCAUUAAUAAGAUUAAAAUUUAUUUCUUUCAAUCCUUUUAAUAAUAAUUGAUCAAAGUCAUUUGUUAGGUUUUAUUAGCAAUGCAAGCCAAUGUUGAAGAUCGAGGUAUUAAAGGAGAUUGUACACCACUUAUGGAAGCCGCAUCCUCUGGCUUUGUAGAGAUUGUUAAGUUAUUAAUACAGCAUGGUGCUGUUGUAAAUGCUUUAUCUUCUACUGGUGAGUUUAUUCAUCUAAUGUAAAUUAAGUGUACUUUCAUAUGAUCUUAUGUUUUUUCAUUUAUAUAAUGCAGGAAAUACACCAUUAAUGUAUGCAUGUGCUGGAGGCCAUGUUGAAACUGUAAAAUUACUUUUAGAAAAUGGUGCCAAUGUAGAAGAUCACAAUGAAAAUGGGCAUACACCUCUUAUGGAAGCAGCGAGUGCUGGGCAUGUUAUGGUGGCAAAAGUAUAGCUAACGAUUAUAAUAUACCCAGUUUUGUUCAAUAUAUUUAUAUAAUUUAUACUUCAUUGAUUAGAUUCUACUAGAACAUGGUGCUGGUAUUAAUACUCAUUCCAAUGAAUUCAAAGAAAGCGCAUUAACAUUAGCAUGCUAUAAAGGUCAUCUAGAAAUGGUUCGGUUUUUAUUAGCUGCUGGAGCUGAUCAAGUAAGUUGACUUUAAUAUAAAACAAAUUAUUUUUUUCUUAUAAUAUAGAGUGUUAAUUGGUUAUUAUUUAAUAUAAUAUAUUACAUUAUUGAACCUACAAUCAAUCUUAUCAGCUAUGUAGGGUCUACACCAGUUGUAUUUGAGUUGUCUUGAUCCAUGAGUCUUUAAAGCUAGUUAUGAGAUAAGGUGAUUUGUGUUUAUUUGAAGUCUGUUGUGAAAUCUCUUGUAAAAGAUGAUAGUCAUUUCUUAAAUUGCUUUGAUUUUCAUGUCAUAAAAAAGUUUUAUUACAAAUCAAAGGAUGCUAGUGUGCAGGCAAAUAGGUUGAAAGGUUUGAAUUGUCUGAGCAUUGGUUUUUAUAACUGAGUUCUAAAGUAUGAUGUCCUAAGUGAGAGUAGAGAAAUGUUUUUAGCAAAUUAAAACGAUUUUGACUAAGGAAUAUGUUGUAUGUUGUUUCAGAAACUGCUAAUAUUGGUAAAAAUAAUGGGGAGGGUUAGAGGUCCACCCAAAAUUACCUCCCUAAAGUACUUCCAAUCUUACUUCCAAUUUUACAUCCAAUUUACUUCAGAAAAAGUGCUACUUUUAAAAAUUGGAGCAAGAUUUCUGGUAAAAAAGUUUGCUCAAAAAAUCUAGGGGUAUUUUUCAGUUAAAAUAGUCAGAUCAAGCGAUAACUGCGUCUUAAGGUAUACCUAAAAUGCAUUUGUUUUUUUCCUGUUUAGAUAAAUAGAAAAAACAGAUGCAAACAAUUUUUUUUUGAAACCCGGGAUUUGUACUCUUGAUCCCUAAGAUGACAAUAGGUAUCUGUAACCAUUAGACAUUAUAACAAACAUACUUCGAAGAAGUCAGUAUAAUGUUAUUUAACAUACCAUAUAAUAUUCGCAUAAUAUCAAAACUUUAAAAAGCUAUAAUUUUGAAAUUUAGCCAGUUCACUUAAUUCUGACCUCACCACCGUUCUUAAAUCGACAAUAUAUUAUCUAUAUGUUCAAACAAAAAAUUUAAAAAUUAUGUUUAUUCCACAUAAUUUUUUACUCUUAAAGAUUUCCCUCAAAAUUUGAGGAAAAUUAAAAUUUUUCCAUAAAAAAAAUACUUUUUUAUAAAAAUGUUUAGUAUUUUAAAAAAAUACUACAUUAAAUUCUAUUUUUUUAUUUUUUUUGAAAGUUCAGAAAGUAUAAGACUUAUUGAACCUUCUGUUAAAUGUUCAAGCAUUUCUAUUAAAUCUAACAAUUUUACGACAGAGGAGUGCCUAUUGAAUAAAAAUUACGUACAAAACUCGCAAAAUAAAAAUAUCUAUAAAUAGUUUAAAAAUUGCUUAAAUACGUCUGGAGUUGAGCCCGGAGCAUAUUUGAAAUAUGAUAUGUCUGAUUUAGUUAUUUUUCUUCACAGUCUUGAAUAGUAUGAAUUUUGUCCUUCCAUAAGUUUUGAAAUUUUUUUAGUCCAUGAUAUUUAUCAAAAACUUAAAAAUUCAGAAACAAAAUUGCAUAGUCUCGGUAAUUUGGAAGUUUUCGUCAUUUUGAAAUAGUUAGGUAUAACUUUAUAUAAUAUAUAAACUCACUUUUGAUGAAAACGAAAUUAACAGAACGUGGAAUACAACUGCAAUAUUAACAUAUUAUAUUGCGACAAUUAAAUGUCUAAAUAUGAUGCAUGAUUAUACGGAAAACCAUAAAUCAUCAUAAGUGAUUUUAACGCAAAAAUAGGGAGGGAAGCAAUUUAUAGACCAAAAAUAGGAAAGGAUAGUUUACAUAACGAUACAAAUGAUAAUGGGAUUAAACUAAUAGCUUUUUUUGCAAUUGCAAUAGUACAAUGUUUCCGCACAAAAACAUUCACAGACACUUGGAUAUCAUCAUGUGGGAAUGUGAGAAACAUGAUAUAUCAUGCAAUGAUAGAUUUCCGAAUUAGAUUAAGCAUAGAUGACAUAAGAAGCAUGAGGGGGAGUAGUGCAAUAUCUGAUUAUUUUAUAGUCAAAUUUAGAAUAUUUGUAGAUAGAGCCAAAAAAAUUAAGAGAAUUAAGAAAUAUUAAAAAUGAAUUGGGCCAAAAAUUACAAGGAAAAGAUAAACAAGUACUUGGAUGGUUUAGCCCAUGAUACAAAUAUAUAUUACUCGGGGGGGGAAUAGAAACGACAAUCAAAAGAGUAGCUGACAAAGUUUUAGGCCAUGAACCAAGAAUAAAAAAAAAACUAUAGUGAAAAUAUAGGAUUAAUGAUAAAUGAGAGAAAAAUAAAAUGUAUGGUAGUCACGAGACACAAUAGUGAAACAAAACAUCUGGAAGUGAAUAACUAUAAUUUUGAAAGGGGUGACAAACUAAAAUGAAAAUGCUGACAGCCACAAAGAAAUAAGACUAAGAUUAGUAACAGGAAAUGAAUGCUACUUUGGAUUUGUACCCCUAUUUAAGUCAAUAAUGUUACUUAGAGAACAAAAAUAACACUACAAAGUUUUGGUGAGACCAGUAGUGCUAUACACUUGUGACUCAUGGGCAACAACAAAAUAAGAUAAAAAUAGACUAGGUACCUUCGAACGAAAGGACUUAAGAAGGAUAUUUGGGCCAAAAAGAAAUGCUCUAGAAAAUUUUGAAGAUCAAACCGAGAAAUAGAAGAGGAGUUAUAUAACGAAACAAAUAUAAUUGGAGUCCUGAAGAGGAGUAGGCUGGGAUGGGCUGAACAUGUGUGGAGAUCUGAAGACCCGAUUGGGUUAUCCACAAGUUGGAAGCCAGAAACAAAAAUACCGAGAGGACGGCCCAAACAACAGUUGAAAGAUAGGAUUAAAAAAGAUGCAUUGGGGCUGGGAGUAAACAACUGAGAAGAACUAGCUCAAGAUUGAGAUGGGUGGAGGUAGGUGGUUGUUGCGGUAAUGGACCUUACCUGGCUAAAAAGACAAAAUAAAAUAAAUAAAAAUUGAGAGGUACUAUCACAGGAUUUUCCAGUUUUGGUAAAAUUAAUCUUACAUUAAUUUUACUGAUUAUUAGACAUAAUAUAUUAUGAAAAAUCUCAAAUAUGUAAUAAAAGCAUAAUGAAUAUAAAAAUAUGAUCAAACAAGUCAAAUUUUAACAAAUGCAAAAUUAAUUUGGUUGGUAAUUUGAAUUUUUUGAGUGAUGAAACAAAUUUCUAUCUUACUCCGCAUUAAUUUAUUUUUAUGUACAUAUGUAAUUUCCAUUGGUUCAAUUUUAGCAGGAGAUGCUAGUGAAUAGAAGCUAAUGGUUGUCAGAGUUCAAUAUAUUUGAGUCUUCUUUUUUCUAACACUAUCAGUGAGUAAGUUAAUUGGGGCUUUUUGAGUGUUCAACAACUGAUUGUUAUUGAGAAGAUCAGACAACAGUGGUCGCCAGUCAACAAAUGAGAAGUAAUUAAAGGAUGUAAUUGUUUUCUUUAGUUUCUUUUUAUUCAUGGUUGGUGAAUAGGUGAUAAUAGGUGUAACAGGGGUUGAGUGUUUACAGAAGUGGGUGACUUUGAGAUCGAUAGUCCUGGCACAGUGGAGUUGAUAAUGGCUAAUACGCGAACAAGAGUUGGAUGAUCUGGAAAUAAAACAAUAAUUGAAAUCUAAGAAUAUUUAAUAUUAAUUGUUAUGUUCAAUAUUUUAAAAUAAAUCUUAAAAGUAUAACAAUAAAUAUGAAUUAUUGAGUAGGACAAAGCAACAGCAGUUGAAAUUUUUCCAAGUUUAGACAGAAGUGUGUUAUUAUUUUAGCUUAUAUGACAUGAUUGAAGUUAUAUUUCAAUGUUAUGAUUUUCUUUAACUCUGUAAUUUUAUAAUUACAUUUAUAUUUAAUUUAUUUUUUGUCAAAGGAACAUAAAACAGAUGAAAUGCAUACUGCUUUAAUGGAAGCUUCAAUGGAUGGUCAUGUAGAAGUUGCUAGACUUUUAUUAGACUCUGGUGCUCAAGUUAACAUGCCAACUGACAGUUUUGAGUCUCCACUUACCCUUGCAGCAUGUGGUGGUCAUGUUGAACUUGCAUUAUUAUUAAUUGAACGUGGUGCCAAUAUUGAGGAAGUUAAUGAUGAAGGCUAUACUCCCCUUAUGGAAGCUGCACGGGAAGGUCAUGAAGAUAUGGUGUCUGUUUUAUUGAAUAAAGGUAAUUUUAUCUACUUGAAUUAAACCUAGUUCUACAAUUAUAUUUACAAUUAUUGGCGUUAGUAUUAAAAGAAAUAAUUAGAAAAUUAUAUUUUCUUUUAUAAUGGAAAUUAUUUGCUACAUGUUUUAAUUAAUGUAUAAAAUUUCUUCUAGCUAAAAAAAUCAUAAAAUAAGAUGAUGUAUAACUUAUGAUCUCAUUAGAGGGAGACGGGGUUACUAUAAUAAAAGAAAUUUUCUAUUUUUUUCCUUUUAUAAAAUAUUAAUUGAGAAUAUAAUCUAGGAGCAAAUAUAAAUGCCCAGACAGAAGAAACUCAAGAGACUGCUUUAACUUUGGCAUGCUGUGGUGGAUUUAUGGAUGUAGCUGAUUUUCUUAUAAAGAAUGGUGCAAUUUUGGAGCUUGGUGCAUCAACACCACUUAUGGAAGCAGCUCAAGAAGGCCAUUUAGAAUUAGUUAGAUACCUUUUGGAAUGUGGUGCAGAUGUACAUGCUCAAACUACAUCAGCUGAUACAGCAUUAACUUAUGCUUGUGAAAAUGGUCAUACUGAUGUUGCAGAUAUGUUACUUCAGUUUUGUGCUAAUCUUGUAAGUCAAUUUUAUUAACUUUUUUAGUUUUUUAAGAUCAUACAAUUUAAAUUGAGAUGUCUAUUAUACAGGCUAUCCCACAAAGAUGUACCUCCUGAAUAUCUCUGGAGAUAAUAAAGAUAAACAAAUUCUGAUUUUUAUAUUACUCACAAGAAUGAAGAUUAGUGGACUACAAAUAUUUAUUUUUGAAUUAUUUUUUUUUAUUAUUAAAAAAAUCAACUUAUUUUAUUAUUUUGUGAAAAUUUUAGGAUAUUCAUUCUAUAGAGUUUAUUUUUCUGAAAAUGUUAAUGUAUCACAAAUUUAUAUCCAAUAGUUUCUAAGUAACAGCCAUUUUAAAUUUUACUAAUCCGUUUGAAAACCAAUGUUAUUUAGAGAAUAACAUAGUCGAAUUAAGUAUAACAUUGGUUUUCAUAUGGAUUAGUAAAAUUUAGAAAAUUAUAAAAAUAAAUUUAAUUUUUAAGUUUUUUAAUAAUAAAAAAAAAUUGAUUUAAAAAUAAAUAUUUGUAGUUCUCAUUCCCUGUGAGUAAUAUAAAAAAAAUCAAAAUUUGAUUAUCUUUAUUAUCUCUGGAGAUAUUCAAGAAGAUAUCUUUAUGGGACAGCCUGUAUAUAUAUACACAUACUGUGUUUUUGGAAAGACUAUGAAUAUGGCUGAGUAGAAAUAACAUAGUCAUACCUAGAUAAUUCCUGAAAAUUUUUGACAAUACUGGGGUUACCUACAUUUAAACAAUUUAGAAUUUAAAAAAUAUUUUUUCUCCCAACAUUUGAAUACAGCUAAGUGUUUUUUGCAUUACAUAUUUUUACUGUCUUUAUAAUUAAAAAAUGAAUCCAAACUGGUAAUUAGUUUCUGUAAUUGUGACAUUUUGAAAUAAUGUGUAUUAUAUUUGUAUAUUUUAUACGAGAACACUCAGUGAAACUAGUAUUUUCUUUUGAGAAAUAAAUUAAUAAUAAUAAUAUAUUAUUUGUGUUUUUAAUAAUAAUUGCAGAAUUAUGCACUGUUUCUGCAUUAAGUACUUUUUGAAAAUCUCCUAUCUUGUCAUUUGUGUGACAGCACAAUAUUUUAUUAGUGCUCCCCUAUUCUCUAUCCAUCAAAAAUUAAAAAUGGAAUAUCCCAUUAAUAGGUUGACAGAAAUAAAAAAUGUGAACACCAAAAUUUAUUGAAGUAAUACUCCGUCUAUGAAUUUUUAAUGUACAUUCUCAUUUGAAAAAAAAAAAAUUGGUGUCCCUACAGGACACUUUAAAUAUUAUGAAAAAUCACAAGUUAGGUAAUUAUUAUUGUACAUUUUAACAUUCUAUCUACGUUUUUAGAUUCCGAACAUAGUAAGAAAGCUAUUGGUUUUACAAUGCUGUUUAUUUGUUUUUUUUUUUCUAGUUUGUGGACACGUUUUUUCCUAGUAAACUUGCUCCGGUAUAUAAGUCUAGCACCUUUUCUGUAAUCUCAAGUUUUCUAGAUUGUACUUCAGAAAUGUAAUUUUUUUCAUGUUUGGUGCCAUUUUUUUAAAUAAAAACACGGACGACAAUGUUUUCUACUUUUAGAUCAUCAGGCAACUUCUUUUUUUUGAAAUCACAAAAAAAAAAAAUACUGCACUUCAAAUUAUAUAUUACCGAAUUGCGCUCGAAAUUGUUUUUCGUCAAGUAAUGGUUUAUUGUUGCUUACAGAUAUAAACCUUAUACCUUAUGUAUCCUAUUUUCCUAACUUCUCACCUAUAACAGUGACUGCUCCCAUCCCAUCCAUUUUUUUCAUUUUGGCCCAAUUUGUUAAAAAUAUCAGACACUUUUCUUUGAUUUUUCAAAUAUAUCACCUAUUCUAAAGGAAAUUUUUUCAAUGUGGUACAUUAGGGAGAUUAUUUUAUGAUUCUCCAAGUACUUCAAAAUAACUGGGAAAGAAUUAGAAAAUGUAUGAAAUUCUUUUUUAUUAUUUUCAAUAAUAAUUUGUUUUUUUGUUGUAAUUCAGUUUAUAAUGUCUAUAGAGAUUUUAAAUUUAGACAGAUAACCUUAUAUUUGCCUUUUGUAGAUAUGAUACAAUUUUUAAAACUUGAGCUAUUUAUAAACACAUUUUAAUUUUGUGAGUUUUACAUAAUAUUUAUUUGGUAGGUCUCUCUAUGGGUACAAUUGUUAGAUGAUACAGAAAUGCUAGAAAAUUCAACUGUAGAUUCAUUAUAAGUGGUACUUGAUGAUCAACAAGGAAGAUUUAAGUUUAAUAGUUUAAUAGUUUAAUAUAUAUAUAUAUAUAUAUGUAUACAAUAAUAAUUUAUAUAUCAAAUUUUAAGAAAAUCGUUAAUAUUAUUUGCCUUUUAAAACAUGUUAAACCGAACUCUUCUCAGAAUCGUUUUUUCUUUAACAUCUGUUAAUAGUUUCGUACAAAAAUAUAUUCAAUUCCUUUCUAUAUAGUACGUUCCUAACUUCUCACCUACAACAGUGGCCCACCUAUUGUGUAAAGUAUGUCUAUCUUAUUUUAUUUUCGUUAAUUAUAGCCUGGGCCCCAAAACAUGAGUGAUGUAUACAUUAAAUUUAUGAUACAUCUUAAAAGAAUAAAUCAUAAUAAUAAAAAACCCAAUUGAAUAUUUUAUAGAUAGUUAAAGGUAUUAAGCAGUACGCAUAGAAUAAUAAGAGCAAUAGAUAAUUGGAUGAGGAAUAUGAAAUAAAAAAAGAAGUGUUUCUAAGAAAAUUAAUAGGGACAAAUAGACAUGGCCAUUUGAACAUUAAGACACUUUAGCAUCAAAAAAAAAAAAAAAAUAUAAUUAAAAAGUUAUAUACAACAUAUAAUAUAAGUGACAUUUUUUUGUGAACAAAAAACGAAAAUGUAAAGUUCUGAUUUAUUUAUAAAUUAUAAAACCAAUGAUGAGUACUUAUAUAUGACUAAUUAUAAUAUUCUCCUCGUUUUAAAAAAAUAAUAAUUAACAGAUAGCAAUAUUUUUUUUUGAAAAAAAACCUUUUAUAAACAACGCCCCCCCCCCCCCUCUAUUUUUUUUUUGUCAUUUAAGACUACCUCUUCAAAAAUCGUUUAAUAGAACUUGAAUAAUACAAUGUAGGGUAUACACAAUAUUUAUGUUUUUGGUGAACUCCUAACCAUCACUAUCAACCCCAGGUUGUAAACCACUGGUCUAAAUGGCCAUAUCCAUUUUUUUUUAUCCUAGAUCGCUAUGAAAAAGAGGUAGAACUUCCAAAAUUUAUUUGUUGAACAAAAAGUUAAACAGUCAAAAAAGUUAGAUAAAAGCUCUUCUAUAAAAUAUAUACAUUCAACAUGUUUAUACGAUCAGCUAGACUGGUUAAUUUAAAACAUUUUUUGAUUGGCUCAUAAUCAUGUAAUGAACAAGGGACCUUUAGAAAAAAAUAGAACUUGUUAAACCAUUUUAACUGCAAGAGAAUCUAUACAUAUUCGAGGGUUUCAAAGAACAGAUAUGUACCCUAGAAUAGAAUAGGUUGGACUAAAAAAGCUGUAUAGAAUCUUUAAGAAACAUUUAAGUUUGGAUUAAGCAGUGAUGGAGCAUCUGAGUAUUUUAAAAGCUUUACAAUAGGUCUUCUGAAUAAUUAGUUUAGGAAUAAGUGAAAACUUAGGUUUAGAACAGAAAUAGAAAAAGUAAUUAGGAUAUUGUGGAUUAUGGAAUCAACAUUAAAAGGAUUGUCCUUACAAAACUAAGAUUUUACACAUUUAGAAAUAUUAUGUGCUGAUCUUAGAAAUUCACUUCAGUGUACCAAUUGAUCAAUGUCUGAUGGAGAUUGCAAGCAUUUUUUGAAUUAUAAAAAAAAUAAUUAAAAGACCUUAUAUCAUCAGCAAAUAUGAGGAAAUUAGCGUAUCAUAACAGAGAUUGGACUAGUAAACAAUAAAACAAAUACAGAGAAAGAUUUCACCAGAGGUUGAAUGGGUAAUGUUUGUGAAAGUACUAACAUGUACUUUUGCAUAGUUUUUUUUUUCGAUUUAUCAAGUAGGAUGAAAACCAAGACAGAACUGGGUUGCAUUCAUGGUACAAACUUUAAUAUGAAAAUAACUUAUAUCAACACACUAAAAUAAAAUAUCGAUGUAAGUUAAUAGUGAAUGUAUUGAUUAAUUAUAAAAGAAUGUUAUAUAUUUGCACUAUUUUGUGAACCAAUAUAAAUAAAAUAUUAAUUAAAACAUUUUCUAUAUUUUUGGACAUGAAGAUUGAAAUCUUUUUUUUUAAAUUUGUUUUCUCUUUUUUUUUGUAUAAAACCAUGCUGAUAUCAUUUAUCUUGUAUGUUCUACAUAAUAGACUGUAAGGUUAUAUCUAGAGUAGUGAGUAGUAUAAUUGUUUUAGAACAGUGAAAGGAUUAAGUUCUAUGUACGUAUUGAAUAAUUGACAAAUAUGAAAAAUUUGCAGAAUUCUGGGAUUUAGAGUCUUGUGCUGUCCCGGGAUAAAAACGAGUUGGACAGAAGUAAUAUAUGUAUGCACAAACUAUUCAUUCUUUUGAGAAAUACAGUUUAGGUGUAUUAUGAAAUGUGAUAUACAUUAUAUUUCAAAUACAAAUUAAAAAUAAUGUAUAUAAAUAUUUUUUUUUAGGAACACGAAUCUGAAGGUGGCCGUACACCUUUAAUGAAAGCGUGCAGAGCUGGUCACUUAUGUACUGUUCAGUUUCUUAUAUCUAAAAAUGCUGAUAUUAACAGAGUCACUGCUAAUAAUGACCAUACACCUUUGUCUCUUGCUUGUGCUGGAGGACACUUAGCAGUUGUUGAACUUCUUCUUACUAAUUCAGCAGACCCUUAUCAUAAACUAAAAGACAACUCUACUAUGGUUAUAGAAGCAGCCAAAGGUGGACAUACCAAUGUUGUUAAAUUAUUAUUAGAUUUCCCACAUUCAGUACCAACAGCGUCAACACCACCAAAUAUACCUCCUGUAACUGAUUCUCAAGAAGUGCCUGUUAUUGAUGAUUCUACAUUAUCUGAAGUGCAGGUCAUGUCUAAAGCACAUGCAAUUGCUGGCAGAAUAGUAGAAAGUUAUGGACCUAAUGCAAAACAUAAUGCCAAUUCUUGUAUUCAAAAGGCUUUGGUUCGGAAAGCACAACAUAACACUCCUAAUAAUCCAUCUAGUGAUAUUCAGGUAAAUACUUACUUGAUUUAUUUAAAUUUUGAAGUCCAUGUCAAAAACUGUAAAAUUUUGGCUUUAGUUUAAAAUAGAAACAACUAAAGAAAUAAAUGCUAUCAAAGUUCAUACCCCUACAUCUAAACCCCUUAUUAAUACAGCUGCAAUUGAACAGCAGUUAUUUAAAAGACAACAAAUUGCAGAAGAUCUUAAAGUAAGUAAACCAAAAGUCUGUAGAUAUAAAUAUUAUCCUUGAAAUAUACUUGAUAUUUACUUAUAGAGGGUUGAACAAGAGUUAAAAGAAAAUGGAAGUCUUUCAAUGGUUACAUUGAUGACAACACCUCCUCCAUUAUCUGCAUCAUCCACUGGUGUUUUAGAUUCCAGUACUUCAUCCACUGGUUCAAACUCUGGUAAUUUAUGAUAACAAAUUUUAAACAAGUGGGAUUUGACUAUGUAACAUAUUAAUUAAAAAUAUCUAAUAGUAAUCAAUAAUCUAUUAUGUUUAUUAUUUUAAAAAUAAUUAAACAGAAUCAUCAAUAUGUAACACUUCCGGAUGUGGUCACAAAGUUGGAGAUGCUGUAUAUUGUUCACAUAGACAUGUGUCUGCUAGUUCAGAUGUAGUUCAAACUACUGCUAUUAGUGAUAGACCUAAAAUUAAAGCCAAAUUUAAAAAGAAACCGGCUCAGACAACUGCAGGAAGUUCCAAUAUUGAUCCUACUCAAGCAACAUUAGAUGCCAAUUAUGCUAGAGGAGUAAUGGCUGGAGUUGCAGCAAUGAAACCACAAUUUAAGGCAGAAGUAUGUAUUGUUGUUUUGUUGUAAUUCAUGUAAAAAAAAAAAAAAUGACAGUUUUUUGUUUGGUAUUUAUUAACAUUUUGAGUGUUGAUGUUGAUACGUUGUAAACAAAACGUGUUCUUUCUCUACAGCGAGCACUAAUAUGUCUUCAACUUUUUUUCAUUAUUUUCUUACCUUUUCCAGUAAUACUAGGCUAUAACAAAUCAUUUAUUCUUACGCCCCUACCUCUUAUAUUGUUAAAUUUGCCAUCUUUUGAAAUUCUGGCUAUUUUUGUAGUAUUAUUAACCAUUCUCUGCACAGGAUGGGUCUUGCCCAUAUCAACCCAUGCCAUCUUAAAUGUGUUAAUGACUCAACAUUUAAAUUUAUUUUACCAUAUUUUAAAUGACUAAUACAUGUUUAUUUUCAUUUUUUGCUAAAAUUAAUAAUUACAUAUUAUAUUAGUAAAUUUGAUUAUUGUCAUUUUUCCUUUUAUAAAUUUAAAAAAAAAAAUUAGUUGGUUUGAAUUAUAGUACAAUUCAGAAUACAUUUUUAGAUAUGAAAACACCACUUGAAUACAAAAAGUAGUAUUGAAUCCUACAUUUUUAAACCUAUUUAAAGUUAUUAUAUACUUUGCUGUUAUUUUUAGUUUUCAUGUAUGAACACAUUUUGGCCUAUAUUUUUUUUUUAAUCAAAUUUUUCAUAACUAAACUAAACUAACUUACAUAAAUUAUUUUACUUAAUAUAAAUAUGUAAUUAUUCAUUAUUCUAAAAUAAUAUUUCAUUUACUUAAAUAAUAAUUUUAAUUUUCUAACAAAUUUAUUAAAAAACAAAGAAAAUAUAAUGUUAAUUGGUUAUGUAAUGCAAAUCCAUAAUUUUUACAUUGCAAAAUAAUAUGUAAAACCCAACUAAAUAUGUUUAUCACAUUUAUAUAAAUUCAACUCUAAACUAACCAAAUAGAUUUUAUUUUGAAUAACUAAUUUAUUAGAAAAAUAAUAAAUGUUAAAUUAUUUAUUCUCUCAACUUUUUAGAUUUAGUAUUAUAAUAUUAAUUAAGUAGACAUUAUUAGGUUGAAAUUCACAAUUUUAUUAAAACUUUAAAAUAAUUAUAUCUGCCAAAAUUGUAUUAUUAUUUUAAAGAAAACAAUUUUAUAUUGAACUAGAAUAACUUGUUAGUUGUUAAAUAUAAAGGACGAAAAAACUCCUUUCAACAAUAUUUAUAUCUUCUUUGUUAAUAAAGUAAUAAUCUUUAAUUAAAAUAGUUAUUGUAAUUAUUAUUUUUUCAUUUUAGUUUAUUGAAAGACAUUCUGGUGAUGGUUGUGAUAAAGAAUUGGCAGCUCGAAUGAUAAAAUUUUGUGAAGAACAAACUGCUAAACGUGAUGAUGGUCAUGCAAAUCUUAAAGAAUUAAUGAUUAGUUCCCUUAUGAGUGAACAUCUAUUAAAAGUCCGCAAAGACUUGCAAAUUCCAGACAAUAUGGUAAAAAAUUUAUUACCACUGUCUGGAGCUUUACAUGACAGCCUACCACAUAGUUCAACUGGAUUAUUGCCAAUACCUGGUGAAUUAAAUACACAAAUUGACUUAAAAGGUUUAAAUUGUAUAGAUGCUGAUCUUCUUGAAAAUUUGGUUAGUGAGACCCUUACUCUUGAAGAACUGUCUAACCGUAAGUACUGCAUUAUUAAUCGAUUUUAAUGUUACAUUAUUUUUGUAUAUAAAUAAAAUAUUAAAAUUUUUAGUACCAAAUAUAGACGAAAGACUUCAAAAAGAAAUUCAAAAACACCGUUGCAAUAUUAAUUGUUCAGAAUCUGGAAUAAGUAGUACUUUUUCUUCCCAAUCCUUCAAAGUAAGUUUCUAUAGUUAAAUAUAUUUUGAUAAUAUUUUUAAGAGAUGUAUUUCUUUUUAUAGAACUAUGUCCAGAACCAAACCUCUAUUGAUUUUAGAAUUAAAAACUUAUCAUCAAUGGACAUAGCUAAUUUUGCAGGAGCUGUAUCACAGCUUACUCUAGGUGAGUGUAUAAUUUUUAUCAGAAACUACUGUUUUUCAUAUAAAUGUAUACAAAUUUUAUUAUAUAUUUAAAGUGCGUUCGCCUUUUAAAGUACAUUAAAUGUUUUGGCUGGAUAAUCUUGGAUUUAUUUUUGUUUUUUGGGAGGUAAUAAAUGCUAAAGAAAUGCAUCGUCGGCUUCUUUUCAAAACUCGGUAACAGCAAAAUAGUAAUUGUUCAGAAAACGACUUUCAGCAGUGUUUUGUCGUUAAUAAAAUUACCAGUUUUAUCAGUUUUUAUCAGUUAAUUCUGUGAUUUUACAUUUUUAUUUUUACUGAUAGUGAAUUUUGGCUCUUAAUAUAUCAUUUAUCUUGUUUGUGUCAAAACUUACAAUUAUAUUAAUGGCUAUUAGCUCUUUAUAUUUAUAUCCUUAUCUGUUUGUAAACAUAAAAAUAAUAUGUGGAGGUUAGAGUAAAAAUUAAAUUAAGACAUUUCCUACAAAUUGUUAAAAAUAAUGUUUUACACGAAAUAGCAUUAUUAUUAUUAUCAGAAAAUAGUAUAAUUUGCUGUUACCAGGAUUUGGCAAGAAACUGAUGACAUACAGAUUGUCCAACUAGGAUUCGACAAAUGCAGUAACUUUUAUUCUAUUCAAAUAUUUUUGAUAUAUACAUUUUUUCAAUAAUUAGUAUGCUUCUGCGCUACAGUUUAUAAAUGAACAUUUUUUUGAAGGGGGAAGGGCAUAAAAUAUAAAAAAUUUCAAUUUUUUAUAAUUUUAUUAAACAAAAUUAAAAUAGCCAUUUUGUAAAAUAGACUUUUAGAUAAUUUUGGUGGAUGAAACGUUUAUUAAAAUAUAGACAUCCUGUGUAUUAAAAUUAUUUUUUAAUACUAGAUUCCAAUAGACCUAUUUUUUUUGCAAAUAAAUUUUGUUAUAUCAAAAAAUAACCUGAGAUGUAGUGUAAAGUAAAUUUAAAAAUAUGAUUUUUUUAUUUUUUUAAAAAAAAUUCAUAACACAUGGCUUUGUUUUCUUUGGAAACUAAUUGAGUGAAAAAAAAAUUAUUUAUUUAGAUAAUCACAUAAAAUUAUAUCUAUUUAAAAUUUUUGAAAUUCAGUGAAUAAAAUGAAAAAAUUUAUUUUUUCAUCAGCUAUUAAUAGUAUAAUUUUUGAGAUUGUGAGAAAUUGAUCUGCAUUGAUUGAUAGAUUAGUAGUAAAAGUAUGCUACAAGAAAGUUUUAUUGGAGCAAGUUUUCUGUAAUAAAAGUUAUUUUCGAUACUAUAAUAACAAAUAUAUUUAUCAUUUUGCUAUAAAUUUAAAAUAUGCAAAUAUUUAGUAAUUUUUUUAACGUGCUUAGUCAUGUCUUAAGUUAAACUUCAUGCCAAAAAAGAAGCUAAAUGUAGUGUAUUUUUGUUUUUCAUUCAUUUAAAGUGUCUUGAUAACAAUUUUACAACAUGAUUGAAAUUUGCUCAGUAUCGUACUUUAUUAAGUAUAAAGUAUUAAUUUAUAUAAAUUAAUUAACUUUGUAUAUAUUUCCUAUUAUUAGUAAUAGAUUAUUUUUUUAUUUGAUCACUGACAUUUGUUUGAAAUUGGAAAUAAAUAAAUUGUCCUCUUAUUUUUAUAAUGAUUGGUCUAAGUUAAGAAGGAGUACCUUUUUUCAAUUCUUAAAAAAAAAGAAUAAAAACUAAAAUAAUAAAGUAAAAACAAAAUUACUAAAAUUUGUAUUGGUUAAUACUCGUAAAUAAAUAUAUAAAUAAAAGUGUAUGUAUAGAAAUAAUAAAUAAAUGAGUGUAUUGCCUGGAGUAUUAUAUGACCGGUUUUCAAAUUAAAAAUUCAUUAGGUUAUUAUUAGACAUAAAUAUGUUAAGAUAUUAUUUAUAAAAUCGGUUUAUACAUUUAAAAUAUUCUUAAAAUAAUUGAUCUCUAUUUCAUUGUAUAUAAGUAAUUCUUUGUAAACUGAAUUACAAAUUAAAUGAAGAAUUAUAGAGAAAAAAAAAUUUUACAUUUUCUAUAUAAAACAACCAAUUUGUAUAAUUUAUUUUCUUCUAUGUAUUUCUUCAUUUAGUUUUUUAUAUUCAGUCGUGUUUCAUAUUUUGUAUGACUGUGAUAUACCUGAUAAAGAAUUUUUAAUUUAAAACCGGUCGUAUAAUACACUUCAUAAUACUUCAGGUGCAUCCAUUUAUUUAUUUAUUUAUUUUUUAUUUAUAUAUUAAUUUUCUAAAUUUUUCUAAAUUUUUCUAAAAAGAACAUGACUUAAAAUACUUUUUAAAUUCAAUUUCCUAUACAAUUUAAAAAAUUAAAAAUGAUCUUAAUUCUUGUUUUUGUAACUUUGUGGAUCAAAAUAAAAGUACAAAUACAAAUUAUUUCAUGUAAUUUUCAUAGACUAAAAACCAUUUUUCGGAAAUAUAACCUCUGAGAAACUCUUUUGAGGUAGCCAAAUCAAAAAUUAUUUUAAUGUAUAUAAAUAUAAUAAAUUAUACCAAUUUUUUUUCUGUAUAAUUUUGAAUUUUUCUAUUAUUGUAUUUAUUAAAUAUUAUUAUUAUUAUUUUAUUUUGAACUUUAUUAGUUAUUUACAAAAAGUAAAUCUUUAAUUAAUAUUAGAUGAAACAACAGUGCAGCAAACUACUACUACUGCAACAGUAUCAUCUACAUUAAAUAAUUGUAUACCUACCCAAGUAGCUGCUGCUACCCAAACAUCAUCAGAGUCAGUGACAUCAAAUAAACGUUCAGCAACAACUACAACUACGACUACUGCUAUGACAACUACUACAAAUAAAGGUAAAAAGGCACGCUAUCAAGUUCGGCCCCAGCCACCACCAAGUUCAGCCCCCCAAACCGGAUCAAAUAACAUCCCAACAUCCAACUCUGUUGCCCAAUCAGAUGUCACUAGCUCCAGUAAGAGAACAAUUUAAAUUUUGUUUUUUUUUCAAUAUUGGGAAUAAAAACUGAAAAAUAUAUUCUAAAAAUAUAAUUUUUAAAUUUACAGAACAAUUAAUAAAAUUGUAUAUUUUCAGGAUUCUCUACUACUACAGGAGAAUCAUAUGGCAGUGAUGCAGACAUCUCAUAUGGCAUUAAUGUAGAUUCUCAAACAGAAAGCAAUCAUGAUACAGCUUUAACGGUUGCUUGUGCUGGUGGCCAUGAAGAACUAGUAAAACUUUUGUUAGUUCGAGGUGCAAAUAUUGAACAUAGGGACAAAAAAGGAUUUACACCAUUGAUAUUAGCUGCUACGGGUGGUUUUGAUAAAAUUGUUGAAAUACUCCUGAAUAAUGCAGCAAAUAUGGAAGCACAGUCUGAACGAACUAAAGAUACACCUCUAUCUUUGGCAUGUUCUGGAGGACGUUAUGAAGUAAGAUAACAUAUUUCCAAACUAAUUUAUUUUAAAAUUUGAUAUAAAUUUACAAUUUAUUUACAGGUUUGUGAACUAUUGCUUCAAAGAGGAGCAAAUAAAGAGCAUCGAAAUGUUUCAGAUUAUACGCCUUUAAGUUUAGCUGCAUCUGGUGGUUAUGUUAAUAUUAUUAAACUAUUAUUAAAUAAUGGAGCUGAAAUUAAUUCCCGAACUGGUUCCAAGUUGGGAAUCUCUCCUUUGAUGUUAGCUGCUAUGAAUGGGCAUACAGGUUAGUAGGUUUCAUGUUUUAUGUUCUUAUAUUUUAUAUUUAACAUCAUUUAACCAUUUUUUAGCUGCUGUCAAGUUAUUAUUAGACAUGGGAAGUGAUAUAAAUGCUCAAAUUGAAACAAAUCGUAAUACGGCACUUACAUUAGCUUGUUUCCAAGGUAGACAUGAAGUUGUUUCUCUACUAUUAGACAGAAAAGCAAACGUAGAACACCGAGCUAAAGUAUGAAUAUUAGUUUUUUCCCUUUUUUAUUUUUAAAAUAAAAUAAUAUAUAUAGAUAUAUUAUUCAUUAUUAUUUAGACUGGAUUAACACCUUUGAUGGAAGCUGCUAGUGGUGGCUAUGUUGAAGUUGGUAGAGUAUUAAUUGAUAAAGGAGCUGAUGUUAAUGCCAAUCCAGUUCCAUCUUCUCGUGAUACUGCUCUAACUAUAGCUGCUGACAAAGGUCACGUACGAUUUGUUGAAUUAUUAUUAGAAAAGUAUGUGUAUCAUAAUAAUUAUUGAUUUAAUUUAAUAUUAGUGAUAAACAGAUGUCAUAUUUUUUAAUAUUUUAAUUAGAAAUGCAUUUGUGGAAGUUAAAAAUAAAAAAGGAAACUCUCCAUUAUGGUUAGCUGCAAAUGGUGGUCAUUUAGGUGUAAUUGAAUUACUUUAUAAAGUUGGUGCCAAUAUAGAUUCCCAAGAUAAUAGAAAAGUUACCUGCUUAAUGGCUGCAUUUCGUAAAGGUCAUGUUAAAGUGGUGAGAUGGAUGGUAAACCAUGUAUCUCAGUUCCCAAGUGAUCAAGAAAUGACGCGAUUUCUUACUACAUUGAGUGAUAAAGUAAGUAAUUAUUGAAUAUUUCCUCAAAAAUGAAAGUAGUAUUUAAAUAAAUGUUUGUAUUACAGGAUUCUAUUGAGAAGUGCCAUGAUUGUAUGAUUGCUAUUAGAAUAUCAAAAGAUCAGCAAGCAGCUAGAGCUAAUAAAAAUGCUUCUAUAUUACUUGAAGAACUUGAUAUGGAAAAAACUAAAGAAGAAUUAAAGAAGGCAUCUGCUGCACGUCGAAAAAUGAAAAAGAAAAAGAAAAAACAAGCUAAAAGUGGUAAAAAGAUAGAGGAAGAAAUACAAGAUAAAAAUGACAUUCAAGAAAAUGAAGAAGAGGAAGAGGAAGAGGAAGAGGAGGAGGAGGAAGAGGUGCCUGUUAAAGGUAUGCUUUAUAUUAAUUUUUAGAAACUUAUUCAAUUUUUAUAUUAUAUUAUUUAAUUAUAUUGUAUUCUUCAUUUAUAGUAUUAGUAGAAAUGAAGAAAAAAGUUGAUUUAAAGAAAAAAGGUAAAGUUACUGUACUCAGUAGUGUUAUAUUGGCUGAUGUAGAAGAAGGUGAUAGUGGAAUUGAUGCAAAUAGCCAAGGAAGUUGUAGUAGUACAGAUGCAAAAAAUGCUGCUGCUGCACGAAUAAUAUCACAAACCCAAAAUUCAUCUUCCAAUAAAAAAGAUAAAAAGAAAAAAGGAAAAGAAACUACCGUUGAAGUCAAAACAAAUUCUUUAGCUACAAACACUAAAUCGACAAAUUCAGCUGCUACUCAAACAAAUGUUGCCAAAGUAAAUUCCCCUCAAACCAAAUCAAAUAAGGUAUAAUGGUAAUUAUAUUUUAUAUGCAUUUUUGGUUUAUUUUUUUUUUUUAUUAUUAUUUAUUAGGAGAAGAAAAAUCAAACUAAUGUAACUCAAAAUAAAGUGGUCAGUGCACCGACUAAAACUGAGAUAUCUUCUCAAGUAGUAGCUAAAAAUGCCCAAUCAAAAACAAAAGUUCAACAGCCUAAUCUUACUAAUACUAAUAUUCGUAAAGAUUCUAUAAAAACUAAUAAUUAUAAAGGAAACAAAGUUGUCAAUAAUAUGGUAUUUGAAUCCACCCAGAAUCCUGCUGCUCGAGAAGAUUUUGAAGCUACAGGAAGUGAAAAUUUUCUUGUUAAGCAUAAGAAACAACAACAGUAAGAUAACUGGAUAUAUUAUGUUUUCAUUUUUUUGUUUUAACAUAAUAACUGCACAUAUCUUUUUGGGGUGUUCCUGAAUAUUACAUUAUUUUUGUUGGUCUCUUGGUAUUGAGACAAAUGUUUUUUGCAUAUUUAAUUAUUAAAAAUAACUUAUGAAAUUGUAUGGCACAAUUGAUAAUUAGUUUUUGUUAAGUAUUUGUUAAUUAUUUUUUUCCACAUUUUGUAUUGCAACUCUUACCAUCAAAUUUUAACAUUAUAGUGACUUUUUUUAUAUGGAAUUAUGAUGUAGAUUCUUAAUCUGAUCUCAGAUUUAUAACGUUCACUCUUGUUUUUGAGAUAAUUACUAAUCCAUAAUAAAAAUUGCAUAAUUAGUUAAAUUCUAAUAUUAUACAUAGGGUGACUAACUAAGUCUACUCACCUCAUUUUAGUUAAAUUUUUGCAUGUAUUCAAAUUAGGAUUUUUGGAAUUUUGAAGUUUAGUUCAAAGUCAAUUUUUUGAAUACUUUGUUUUUUACAACAUUUAGGGAGUAUUUUGUGGUGAUACCAACUUACAUUUGAUAAAUGAGAACCUGUAUUAUCAUAUAUGUAUCAGUUUUGUUGUGUGAUAGUACAUUAUCAUAAAGCAAAAUUACUUAGUUUUUUUAUAUUCAGAGUAUUUUUCUCAAAUAGCUUGAUUUAAUAAAUCGAUAAUUUAUUGUUGGUAGUGCUGAGUAUUAAUAGUUCCCCCAGGUUUUAGAAGCUCUUAAUAAAUCAUACUCCUCUGAUCCCACCAAAUACCAAAAACAUUCCCUCCAACUUUUUUCCAUGUUCUUUAUUUCUCACAUCAAAAUCACCUCUUAAAAUUUUUAAAUCACUCAAAGUACUGUGAUUUUCCAAGAGCAUGCUUAUCAUAAGCUUCAACAAGCAUUCUAUGUGAUUCUGCAGCAGUUUUUUUCCAAGUGAUAACAGAAAAUUAAUACUAUACGCAAAUCAUAAUUCCGGGUACAAAAUUUGACAUAUUCAUAAUGCUAUUACAAACUAUGCAGUUAUAUUAUUGUGAAUUGAAUAUCUUUUGUCACAUGAAAACAUGCGGUUUGGAUAUGACUACAUUGAUAGCUAGAAGUAUUUAUAGGCAAAUUCCGGUUUCAUGUUUCAGAGCUGGUAUAUGAAGUUUCUUCUCAUAGUACUACAGAUAAUGAAAACGUGUUACAUAACAAUUUAUCAUACUUGAUCAGUAAACACACGCACAUAGAGUAUAAUGUUAGUUAUGGUAAAAUUGUAUAGCAGAACAAAUAUUGUGAAGAUCCCAGUAUAUUUUAACCAUCAACAUAAUUUUGUAAAUCAGACUAGUCUGAUUGUCUUUUACAAUGAGAGAAAGUAAUUUAUAAAUAUCAAAACCUUAAUUUUUUGACAUCAUUUUUCAAUAAAUAUUUUCUUUUAAAACUAUUCACUACCCAAAUAUUUAAAAUCUAAAUUGUAAUCUACUAAUAACUGAAAUAUUCAUUCAUUUGGUGGAAAAGUUCAUUCCAUUAAAACCGCCUAAUUUCUUAUUUUUAUGAUUUACAUAUCACAGAUUGAAAUAUUAUUUGAAAUUAUAUAUAGUAGAACCUCGAUAAGUCAAAAUAAAUGCCAUUCUCUUUCAAAUAUCUCGAUUACUCGAAAGGAAAAUUAUAGUUAAUUCGAAUAUUCUGUAUUUCGAAUAUAGACGGGUAAUAAUUUUAGAUUUUGAUCAAAGCGAAGAAUGUAUUUUUUAGUUAUACCAUUUUAAAAUAAUAAUAAUAACAAUACACACUGUCAUUAUGUGUACAUAUAUACAUAUAUAAUUAAAAACUAAUACGUACAUACAUUUUAAAAAUUGUAAGCCAAAUUUCCUAAAGUAAAUAUUUAUGUACAGGUACCUAAAAAAUCAAAAAUGAUGAAAUACUAUAAAAUAAUUACUGCCAUGAAAACAUAAGUCCAUAAUUGUAUUAUUGAAAAUAUUCUAACACAACAACACCCCCAUGUUACUUUAAAAUAACUGUUAGUAACAGUAAAAAAAUAAUAAACAAUGUCAAUGGAUUUAGUGUGCAGUUAACGUUUUACUAUUUUUAUAUUCUUGAUUCUUUGAUAUUUUUGUUUAAUAUAAAAUUUGUUUAUUUUAAGAACUGAAGAAUACACUAAUCAUAUAAGUGCCAAAACUUCUAAUGUUAGUCCUGUGAAGCAAACCCGAGGACGUGAAGAAGGAUGGAAAGAAGUUGUUCGUACUCGGUACCUUGCUUCACCUUAUAGGAGUAAAAAAGUAUCUGUGCCAUUAAAUGCAAUUAGUCGUGUAAUUGGUCGUGGCGGAAGUAAUAUAAAUGCCAUAAGAGCUUCAACUGGAGCAUUAAUUGAAGUAGAUAAUCAAAGUAAAGGACAAGGCGAGAGAAUAAUUACCAUAAAGUUAGUUAAAUAUUAUAUUUAAUAAUAUAAAGUCUAUGUAAUAUAUGAGAAGACUUAAUACAAUUCAAUUUUUUUGAACAGAGGAUCUACAGAGGUUACUAAAAUGGCACAUGAUUUAAUUGCUAUGCUUAUUAAAGAUCCAGAAGUAAACAUUAUGAGUGUUAUUGCAAAAAAUCCUAAAGUCACAAGUGCUUGGGAUAAAUCAGUGGUAAUUAAAUUUCCAUUUUCAUAUUUAAAUAAACUUAAUAAAAUAAAAAAUAAAAAAAAUUCUUAUUUCCUUUAUAGAAUAAUGCUAAAGCAAAAACUGCAGCUGCGUUACCACAAAAACCGAUUGUUAGUCAACCAAUUAUAAAUACUACUUCUAAAUUAACAUCAGCUCCACGUAAAUUGAAUUAUAUACAAAUAAUUAAUGUUAUAAGUUAAUAUUAUUAUAGUGAUUUGUUCAUUUUUACUUUUUUUAGCAGUAGUGGCUUCAAUGACUAUUAAGCCUACAAUCACAGUUAAUGGACCAAGACCUACUGUUGCUGCUGUAGCUGCAGGUAAUAUAAGUUAUAUGUAAAUAUUAUUAGUUUUUAAGGGAAAAAAUGCGAAUUUAAAUAAUCUUCAAGUAGCAAUAAAUAUAUUUCUUUGUUUCUAUAUUAUAAGUUAAUGUACCUAUAAUUAAAAUAAAACCUUGGGAAUUAUUAUUUAUUAAAAAUAGAUUUAUUAUAUUAAUUUAAAAAUAUAUAUAUAUUUAUACAUUUAUAUCUAAUAAUAUAUCUUUAGCUUUAUUUUAAAUCAUAUAAUAUUUAUUUCUAAGUUAAUUUUUUUAAUAACUAUUACUAAAAUUAAAUAAUUGUUUGUGUAUUCAAUGCUUGUCCUUUACAUUACUUUUACAAAAAUUUGUUUAAAUAAUUUGAACUAAAACUUAGAAGUGCAAAUAAUUUAUUUUGUGAUUUAUAUGUAUUGGCUUUGCACAAUUAGGUUACUUGAUAAGAAAUUACUGGUUUAUAAUUUAAAUGUGUUAACUUUAUGUGUUCAUACAUAUUCAUACUUAUGUUUUAUUUUGUUUCUUUUCAAAUAUCUAUAUCUUAAUCUUUCAUUAAUAUUUAAUUAGUAAUCAAAUGAUGGGGCAAAUCCAAAACUUAGUAGUUAUAAAAUAAAUUUUUAUACUUUUAAGUCUUAGUUAAAAUUGUUUAAACAAUUUAUUUUGCUAUUAAAUAAAAGAAGUGAUAUAUAUAUAUAUAUAUAUAUAUAUAUAUAUAUAUAAACGUAAAUUUAAAAUAAUUUUACUUACUGAUUAGGUGAUGUAUUAAUUAUUUAAUUUUAUAAUCAAAUAGUAUAUUUAAUUAAAUCUCCUUUAAUUAUAGGUUUUUUUAAAAGUAAAUAUAUACAUGUUAAAUUAGUGUUAUAAUGGUUUGUAAUUCUACAGGUGAAAAGAAGAUAACAAGCACAGUCAAACCUACAAUGUCUUAUACUAAUGCCAUAAUUUCAUCCUCUGAUCUUGUAUCCAAACCUUCACAACAACCUCCACUACAAGCACCUCCAAAAGUUGUUCAAUCUGCUUCUGUAGUUCCAACAACUACUGCAACUGUAUCUGUAACACCUUCUACGUCGGGAAAUGUAUCAGCUCCUGUAUUAACUGUUAUGACAAAAUCUACAAAUUCUUUACCUCUUGCUCAAUCUAAACCUCAACAAGAACCAUCUGUUCCACAUCAUCCAGUCGCUAUUGUAUCACCAAUGGUAAGUAGUGCACCAUUACCACCUCAACCGCAACAUAAACCUCAAGUUGUAGAUGCAUCAGAAUAUUCACUGUUUGAUUCAUUUUCUAAGGUAUGGUAUUAAUAUUAUUUUAUGAAUUAAUGUUAUUGAAUUUAUGAAUUAAUAUUAUAAAAGAUUACCACAUUGUUAUAUUAUUUAUUUUAGAUAUCUGUUCAAACAAUGUGGGGAAGAGAUGGAGAGUGUGGUGGACAAAAACCAACUGUUACAUUUACUGGUGGAAAUCAUAUGCCAGUUGUAACCCCUUCAAUUGGAACAAUUGGCCAACCUAAAAAGUAUUUAGAAACUGAACCACCAAUGGCAGAUGCAUCGAAAGCACCAGGAUAUCGUGGUGCUGGUUUAUCUUCACCAAUUUCUUCUAAAACUGGUGGUGGAAAUACUGGAAGUACAACCAGUAGUCGCAACACAACACCUCCUAUGUGCUCACCUGUAUCUCAGUAUAACAAUAAUACAGGAAUUCAACCUACUGUUCAACAACCUCAACCAGAGCCGCCUUAUCAUACUCAAUCUCAACACCCAUACAUCAGUGAACAAACUCAUCAGUCUGCACAAAUAAAUGUUGAACGGUCAAGAUUAAAUCCUCGGGCACCUGAUUUUGCCACUAUUAAAUCUAACCAAAAUAUGGUUCAACCUCAACAAAUAUACAAUAAUCAAUUACCACAUAAUUUCCUUCAACCACCUAUGGUGCCAAAUGUCAUGCCAUAUCAACAAAAAUUUCAACAACAAGUCCCUAAUUUAAGGGUGGCACCCAACAAUCCUAAUCGAUGGGCUCAUUUUAUUAAUCAGCCUCCCCCUCCAUUUGGACGACCUACUUUACAUCCAGUUAACGGUAAUGCAGAAAUGUUUGCCAGUCUAGAAGCAACUGCUAGCCCACCAAAUAUGUCACCAAAUCUGGAUGAACGAAAAGCACCUCCUAAGCCUAUUGGUACAGAACGGGCAUGGAAGCAAAAUCUUAUAGGGGAAAAUCCUCACCAACAACAUGGAAAUUGGCCCGACAUGAAAAUGCAAUGGGCUCAUCAUGAUCUUUUCCGUACACCUCCUCCGCCACCAGUUAAUUUUCCACUUGGUCCAAGACCUAUGAUGGAUGAACAUAAUUUAUUUGAUACCUAUCAGGUAAAUAAUAAUUUUAUUUUAUAAUAAAUGUACAAAAUAUAUAUUUUGUACUAUAAUUUAAUACUUUGAAGUAGUUUUAAGCAUAAUGUUAUGCACAGUAAAUAUUUUUUAUUUUUCAGUCUACCGAACAUCUGACAGGUGCCAAUAUGAGCCACCACGCAGCCAUGAUGCAAACCAUGCCAUUGUUUGCUGCCAAUGGUCACUUGGAACAACAAGCUCACCACCUUUUAGCAUCAAACCAUCAUGGCCCUGGACAGAUGGCAUUUGAUCCAAAAUUAGAGUGGGAACAAUCUAGAAGUCAACAACAGCAAGCCCAACAACAAACUCAGCAGCAAGCUCCAAUGAACACACCAUUUCCGUUCAUAUUUUAA